AUGGCCACAUCAGGUCGCUGCCGACGACGCUAUGGCGAGCCCAGAAGCCCCAUUGCCGUCCGCAGGCACGCCUCCUCAACGACGGCAGUCGAGAGUCGCUACACUGCGUCGACAGCCUUCUUCGAGGCGAUCUGGGACGCCGGCAUCACGCACUGCUUUGUCAACCUGGGCUCCGAUCACCCGGCGAUCCUCGAGGCCAUGGUCCAGGGCAAGGGCAAGACCAACUUUCCGCGCAUCAUCACUUGUCCCAAUGAGAUGGUGGCCAUGUCAAUGGCGGAUGGCUACGCGCGCGUGACCAACAAGCCGCAGUGCGUGCUCAUCCACGUCGACGUAGGCACGCAGGGCCUAGGGGCGGCCAUGCACAACGCCUCGGCGGGCCGCGCCCCCGUCUUUGUCUUUUGCGGCCAGUCGGCCUUUACGCAGGAGGGCGAACUGCGUGGCACCCGCACGGAAUGGAGCCAGUGGAUGCAGGACGUGCCCGAUCAAAAGGCCAUUGUCAGCCAGUACUGCCGGUACACGGCCGAGGUGAAAACGGGUCUUAACAUCAAGCAGAUGAUCAAUAGAGGCAUCCAGAUCGCCAGGAGCCAGCCGCAGGGACCAGUGUAUCUGUGUGCGUCGAGGGAGGUGCUCGAGCAGGAGAUGGAGCCGUACCAGGUGAAGCAGCGCCAGUGGCAGCCCGUCGAACUAGGAGGCCUACCUGAGCAUGCAGCAGCGGAUGUGGCAGAGGCGUUGGCUGGAGCGAAGAAUCCCCUUCUGAUCACUGGGUAUGGCGGUCGUCGCCACGAGGUGCCCGGUGCUCUGGCCAAGCUGGCUGAUGCCGUACCUGCGCUUCGGGUGAUCGACGCAGGUGGCAGCGACAUGUCUUUUCCCGCCAACCACCCGGCAUGGCUUGGACUACGCUACGCUGUGGACGGGUCUGUGGCCGAGGCAGACGUGAUUGUCGUGCUGGACUGUGACAUGCCCUGGGUGCCCACGCUGGGCAAGCCCAACGCAGACGCCCAGAUCUUCCAGAUCGACGUCGAUCCCCUCAAGCCGAGCAUGCAGCUGUACUACUUUGAAGCCGAGGGACGGUACCGCGCCGAUACCCUGACGGCCGUGCAGCAGAUCACGAGGGCGCUGCAGGAGCAUGGUCCAGCGGUCGAUGCGCUCGGCAACCCGACGCAGACGGAAGCGGGAGAGCAGCGUCGCGCAUCCUACGAGAAGAGAAUCGCACACAUCGACAAGACCUCGGUCCCCCACGAGGACGGCACCUUUGGCGCAGGCUACCUAGCCCGCGUGCUCAAGACGCUGGUGCCAGAGAACACCAUCUACGCGGUCGAGGCGGUCACGACCACGACAGCCAUCCACGACGCCCUCCAGCUCUCCUUGCCGGGCACAUAUCUCAACUGCGGCGGCACAGGUCUCGGCUGGUCAGGCGGCGCCACGCUGGGCAUCAAGCUCGCAACAGACGCCGAGGCAGGCGGCUUCAACAAAGGCCAAUUCGUGGUGCAGAUUGUAGGCGACGGGACUUACAUGUUCAGCGUGCCGAGCAGCGUGUACUGGAUCGCCGGGCGAUACGACAUUCCCGUGCUGACGAUUGUGCUCAACAACAAGGGGUGGCACGCGCCGCGCCGGUCGCUGCUGCUGGUGCACCCGGACGGGCCCGCGUCGCGAGCGACGAAUGCGGAUGUGCACAUUGCGCUGGAUCCGCCGCCGGACUAUGCGGGCAUCGCGCAGGCGGCGAGCCAUGGCAAGAUACACGCGCUGCGUGUUGGUAGGGCGGAGGCGCUGGAGGACGUGCUGCGUGAGGCGGUGGAGAAGGUCAAGGCUGGGACGGCGGCUGUUGUGGACUGCACGAUUCGAUAG